CAUGAAUCAUUUCCCUGAGACAUACAUGUGUGUAAGCAGCUACUUAAACAAACACUAACAAACACUUGUUGGUCUAUAUGAGAAGGCGUAUCACAGAUACAUUCAUUUUGUCUGCUGUCGAAGUUGUGGACUUUAAUUAUAGAAUAGUACAGUGGCUGGAUAGUUAAUUUACCUCAACUACUGUAGAACCUAAAAAUUCAAGAUGGAGUUGAACUGUGGAUUGAAAUGUCUGAAGUAUCUUCUAUUUGCAUUUAACUUGAUCAUAUGUAUUGUCGGCUUAGCAGCUGUCAUCUUAGGGAUUGUGUCGAUGGUCCAAGACGACACUCUAUUUAAUCUGCUGAAGUUGACCUUCGACCAGUCCACUCUCGUCCAAUCUUCAUCUCUCAUCAUCAUCGUUACUGGUGUAAUCCUUUUCCUUCUUGGAUUCGUUGGAUGCUGCGGUGCCUAUAAAGAGAGUGUGUGCAUGCUCAUAAUCUAUGCUUCUAUUGUCCUCAUCAUCAUCAUCAUUGAGAUCGCCGGGAUUGCUGUGGCUGCUGCAUUCCAAUCUCAGGUGACCAAUGAGCUGAAGAGCGGCCUGAAGAAACACAUUGCUGAAGAUUAUGAUGGUUCUGGUUCAAAGGACACCUUCACCUACUUUAUUGAUGCCACCCAAGUACAGUUUGACUGCUGUGGAGUAGACAGCUACAUGGAGUUUGCUAACGCGACCAAGUGGAGCAGGAUGAAUAACACUAUUCCUCUGUCUUGUUGUGUCCUGAAAAACAAGGAUGAUUAUGCAGAUAAUCCUUCUAAUGCAGUGGCCGUGGAAAGCACAUGUCAGGAAAACCCAACUGCCACGAACUCCCACAUUGGAAAGUCUUGCUACAUGUCCAUCAAGGAUUUUGCCAUGAACAAUGCAAGAAACAUCAUCAUCAUUGGUGUGGUUAUCCUGAUCGUCGAGGUGAUCUGCUUCGUCAUUGCGGUAUGUCUGUGUAACAGACUGAGGAAGGAUGGCGGCAGUGACUAGAGACAGCACCAGUUGUCUCCCUUUGGUUAUAAACCUUUUGGCUUUUAAAAGAGACAGAAUUUACCAAAACAUGUUUGCAGGAAGUCGUCAAAUAUUUCUUAAAUGAUUUUGUGUGUGUCAUCACGACUUAAUAAGGAACAAAAGUGAAAAAUACCAAAACUUGUAAAGACUCUUUAACUAUACAGUUUUUGCAACUUUUAGUAGAUUAAAAGAAAUUAUACAUUGUUUUCUUAUAAAUAACAGGGCUUUCAGAGAAAGUCAGUCGUCCCAAAAACAAUACACGUGAACUUAAUCGUGAUGAAGGUGUCUUAUUAAAGAUUUUUUCAAGAUAAUACUCAAAUGUGAAAUUUAAUGAUCAACAGGCCCAGUCAAAAUCUCAUUGUUACAUCUAUGUACUUAAAGAUGGGAAAAGAUGAUGGAAAUUGAAAUGAGAUUUUGUUGUUGUUUUUUUUUGUUUUUUUUUGUUUAGAGUUGUUGUACAUUAUAUUGUGUACAAAAUGUUGUCUGUUUUAGGUGUUCUAUGUAUAUUUCUAGAUCCUUGUACAUUUUUUUUGUCAUUUCAUUUACAUGUACAUUUGUAUUUUGUUAUAUUUUUUUUUACGGCCCAUAUUACAUAAUGCUUCUGUGUUUAGAACUAUCAUGCUUAUGAAAAGUUAUCUACAUAUUACCCUUAUGCCAUAAUACAUUACAUUGCAGAAGAUAGUUCUGUUGAAAAGUUGAACAUGAAACAAAUACGCCCGAGCCUUAUCUUCAACAGUAAGGUUACCGUAGCAACACUGUUUUUCCUGUCAUGCCAAAGUAUCAAACAUUUUAUUUUUUUCAGAUUUUUAAUCAAUAAUUCUUAUGACCAUGAAUGGUUAUUGUGACGAAAAAAAAUCCUCCAUUUUGGAAUGCUCAAAAGGUAUAUGUAAACUGUUUUCAAAGUACCAUUAGAAUGUUAAAAUAUUAAGAAAUUUCUUCAAGAGAGAGCACAAUCACCACACAAUCAUUGUCAGACUUUCAUUAUCAAGGGGCUUUUGCAGGUACAUACUGUAAAUUUGUACUGGUAAAAAAGUAAAGAAAUACAAAUUCUCAUAUUUUGAUGUGUAUAAUAUAAAUCCUGUUUGGCACUGACAGAAAUUCCCCUUUUCUGUAAGAACUUUACCCUUUAACUCAUUCACCCCUGAAAUUUCAUUAUGAACUAUUCAAACCUUUGAUUUGGAAGAGUUCAAAUAUUUCUUCAGGGUUGAAUGAGUUAAAGUACCAGAGGUUGAUGAUGUACCCAAAUUAAAACAAAAUAUGUUUAAAUAGAUAAACAUAUAUUCUAGAAAAUGUGUUGUUACUAUGGUAACGAGGCCAUGAAGGAGUACUUUGUUUCUGUUCUGUAGUUAGUGCAAUACUUGGUCAAAUAGUUUAUCAUCGUUGUAUACAGGUAUAAAGCCACAUCUUCAUUAAUUAUGUUUUUGAAGGUCUUGCUAUCAUGUAUUUUAAGUUGUUUGAAGCAUAAUUUUUUUUCCAAUUUCUUUUGAAUAUAUUUUGAAUUAUAACAAUUUGUUCCACCAAAUGGAUGAUAAUUUAAUUUUGUCUAGUUUUCUUCAUGGGAGUUGAUUGAUCGUUUAGAUAAUGCGAUUAAAGAAGUCAUUAAAAAAUGUGUUCUAAAACAAAUCCUCAGACUAAAUUGUCGGAAUGUUUAAAAAAAUAUUUUAAUAGUUUCUCUUGGAGGAUUUCUGUAGUAAAGGUUGCUGGGACAUUCUUGGUUAGUUUUCUAUUGUAGUGAUUGGAAGAAUAGGCUGUUAAGGAUUUUCAAAGUUAAAACUAUAUAUUUGUUUUUAACGAAAAAUGGUUGAAGUUUAAUAAAAUGUAUUUUGUUGAAUUCUUGAUAUCAAAACGUUAAAAUAUAUUCUGGUUUAUCUUAAAAUGGUGCAUGUGUCCUGUUCUUUUUUGCCAUACAUGUAUAUGAUGCAUCAAAUCAGAUAAAAUCAAAUCAGAAUAGUACAAUUUGUUGUAAGGGAGGUAACUCCAGUUUGUUGUAAGGGAGGUUACUCCAGUUUAUACUAGUGUUUAUCGUUGCCAUACUGCAAAAUUAUUUUUUUCACAAAAAUACAGUUUCAAAAAAUAUCUAGAUAUGACAAAAAUCCUUUGUGCCUUUAUAUAUUUUGAUAACUGGGAAAUUAAAUAAUGACUAAGGUCAAAAUGUUUGUCAAAUUUUAUCGCUGAAAAUGUUUUAUUUUUUUAUUAUCCAUAGGUAAAGGAUGUUAGUACAUGCAUAACUUUUAUUUAUUUCAACUUUUAAAAAGUAUACAGAUAAUAUUGAUCUCUUAUUCUAGUAUAAUAUGUGUAAAAUGUAUAACAAAAUAAAGAAUUCAAAUAUUAUA